UUCAAUUAUAAUUAAACAUGACAACAGUGAAAAGUAAAGCUAUUAACUUACCAAAAUAUGAAAGUUUGUUUUACUUUUUUUCUUGGACUGGUGCUGUAUUUUAUUCUAUUUAUAAAGUAUCUUUACUUGACACUUACUUUAAUGAUUAUCAUGAUUUGUAUGAUGAUUUCUCAUCAGGAUGGAUCUGGAUAGGAAGGAAGCAAGAUAUAUCUGAUCAGGAAUGGAAGAUAUGGAUACCAUUAAUAAUUAACUUCAUACCAUGGAUAUUUCUUAAUCAUUUUAUCAGUCAUAUUAUUAAACUUUUAUUAAACCCCAUGCUGUUAUGCUACUGGUAUAUCUUCGUAUCUGUUACAUCUUUGUAUUUUUCUAUUGGGAUAUUAGGCACAUUAUGUGCACUGAUUCAACCAAGUAUAGUGUACAUUUUAACGUACAAACGCAAAAACUAUAUCAUAUGGUUGAUAAAUACAUUAUUUUUAUUUGUAAUACAUUUUCUUAAAAUUCCUGAUGGUAUUUUUCAAAGAAUGUUAAAACUGAAUGACGAAGAACAUUAUCUUUUAACUCUUACAAUGUGUUGGAUUCAAUUAAGAAGCAUUAGUUGUAGUAUAGACAACAGAAAAAUGUGUUUAGAAAAUAAUUGUGAUGACAUAUCAUAUUUAUCAAGGAAUUUUUUGUGGGGAUUAGCAUAUUGUUUAUAUUUACCAACAUUAUACUUAGGACCGUUGAUUUUAUAUCAUGAAUUCAUAGAUUCUAUAAGAAGACCAUUUCAGACUUGGGCAUUAUCAGAACUGGGAUGCUUUGCUUUAAAUUUAAUCAGAUACAUGUUUUGGGUAUUAUUUACCAAUUUUGUUUUACAUUUUCUUUAUUUUAAUGCAUUGCAUUAUCAUCCCAAGGUUUUUGAAGUUUUAAAUCCAUGGGCUUUAUAUGGAUUGGGAUAUUGCAUGGGUCAAUUUUUCUUAAUUAAAUAUGUAGUGGUAUAUGGACUAAAUCAUACUUUAUGCGCAAUAGAUAACAUUCAAGCUCCUUCCCAGCCAAAAUGUGUAGCACGAAUCUAUUUGUAUUCUGAUAUGUGGAAGUAUUUCGACAAGGGUUUAUAUAAAUUUCUUGUAAGAUACAUAUAUAUACCAUUGUUAAAAUCAAAUUUCAAUAAAGUGCUUGCCUCCUUCCUGUGUUUCACAUUUGUUUUUGUAUGGCAUGGAAUGCAAAUAAAUAUCUUUAUUUGGGCAUUCCUUAAUUUUAUAGGACUAAACAUUGAAAGCUUAAUGAAGUUAGUUGGAAAAAGUAAAUAUUGUUCUAACAUUCAAAGAAAGCAUAUGUCACCAAGGAAUGUCAGAAGAGUCCAUUGUGCAUUAGCAAGCCCUUUGCUAGCAAUGUCAGUAAUAUCCAAUUUUUAUUUUUUUGCUGGUGAAGAAAUUGGACAUAUUUAUGUUUAUAGGAUAUUACAUGAUAUGUGGUACUCUACUUUCGUUUUACUAUUGUUUCUAUAUUGUUGCUGCCAAGUUUCUACAGACUUAAAAAAUUGGAAUUCAUAAAAAUCUUGACUCGUUGUGAGACAGCAAAAUUCAUAAAAAC